AUGUCAUACCAGCCCAUGCCAACUCAGACCCCUCUUCGGUCCCUGCGUUCCACCUCGCUGCCCAACUGCAGGUACGGCGGUGGUUCCGCUGGUUCCGCUAGCACGGACACCAAGUUCAUCCACACUAAGGCCAAUCGCUUCGAAGAGGUAGCCUGGUCCAAAUACAACCCGCAAGACCAGCUGUACCUGCACAUCGGCCUCAAGCCACGAGUCCGGGAUCACUACCGCGCCACUAAAGUGGCGUUCUGGAAGCACCUGGUUCCUCAUCUGUACAACCUUCACGACAUGUUCCACUACACCUCCACCACCACCAAAGUGCCACCGCCCGAGACGACUCAGAACUCCCUGUCCACCAAACGUCCCAACGGCAAAGCAUGGCCGUUCAACACCAAGCGGCCUCCGAUGUCUCCAGCCUACAACAGCGAGAGCGGGAAGGAGCAGUGGAAUGGAGAAGAGGAACCAGGCCCUCUGUUGGUGGAGAACCCACGGGAUUACUCCACCGAGCUGAGCGUAACCAUCGCAGUGGGAGCUUCUCUGCUGUUCCUCAACGUUCUGGCAUUCGCCGCUCUGUACUACCGCAAGGAUAAGCGCAGACAGGAGCAGCACCCACAGCCCAGCCCUCCACGAGCCACCACCGCCAACGACGUGAACCGGCACGCCCCUGAAGAGGAGAUCAUGUCCCUGCAGGUCAACCAGACGCACCACGAGUGUGACGCAGGGCCACCCGGAGACCCCUUACGGCUGGCUUCGCUUCCCGACUACACGCUGACUCUGCGACGCUCGCCUGACGAUAUCCCGCUCAUGACGCCCAACACCAUAACCAUGAUCCCCAACUCGCUGGUGGGCAUGCCCAACCUACAUCCAUACAACACCUUCACAGCUGGCUUCAACUCCACCGGCCUGCCACACUCCCACUCCACCACGCGUGUAUAGCUUUAUGGCCAUCCGACAAGAGGGAGGGAUGGGGGAAGAGUCUUUGGCUUCAAUGAAAACACUGAUGUGAGAGGAGGGGGUUCAGGACGAUGGCGGAAAUGAAAAGAUUUGAAUAGACUUUUGCAAAAAGCAGUGACAAGUUCUUUCCAGAUGUCAAGUUGUUCAAACCUGCCAAAACAGAACUGCUCUCUUUCCUUUGAAAAGGGACGAGCGUUUCAAGCAGUAUUUUUUCUAAUCAUCGUUUUAAAAGAGAAGAAAGAAACGCCUUUUUAAGCAGAAUCGGGCGAAUGGAGCGAUCACUUUUUUCUUGAAUAAAUAACAAAAAAACGAAAAACAAAGGAAAGUGCAUUUUAUUUCCCAUCACAGUCUUUUGUGGGAAACAUGUUUCAAAACAAUGGCCUCUAAGGUGACAUCUGCAUUAUAUU